AUGGAUGAUCCGUAUUGGGAUCCGUACUGGGCCACCGAACUCCGCGGCGACCAGAUCGACUACCCUAACAGUCUCCCCGCCAAUAUACUUCUGGAUUUAACAUAUCGCAUUCGUUAUGAGAAGCUCAAGGCUAUGACCGAACAUUACGCAUACCAAGUUGCCGACGAACGCAACAAGAGCUAUGUUCUCAUUAUUGGCUCAUUUCACGAAAGCAAGACCACCACCCGCCGAGGCCAGAAAACAACCAAGCCUGACGGCUGUCACUUCACUGUCAACCUGGAGCCUGGUGAGGAAUCGGUUCAUGUGUACUACAAUCUCCACGUUCCCGACAACCGCCAAUACGAGUGGGUUGGCCAAAGCGUCGUUCCAGCACUGAAGCAGGGCGAAACGCACCGGCGCAUUGACCCCUUGCAAUGCAAAGGUCGCUGGGUGUUUGACGGACAGCACAUGGUGGACCCUUAUGCUCUUGCGUCGGGAAGUCGCCAUUGA